AUGGAACGAAAGGUGUCCAUUAUUGGCGCUGGUCCGUCUGGUUUUGCCCUUGCGGCUGAUCUCCAAAACCGUGGUAUAGACGUGCUAGUCUAUUCACAUCCAGAUCACUUUCGAUAUGCCAACGAAGUCAUGGUCAAAGGUCAACUGACAGUCCGGGGAAAGAUUGAGAGUUCUAUGCCCGUAUGCAUCACCUCGGACAUGGCUGAGAUCAUUGAAUUUUCACUGAUGAUCAUCCUGACGAUUCCAUCUACCGGGCACGAGACAGUGCUGCAGCAACUGAGAGGAUUUUCUCUGCAACAACACACCAUUAUCGCCAUACCAGGCAAUUUGUUCUCGCUCAUUGCUGAUAUCGAGAUCGGAUGCGUCCUAGAAACCAACUUGUCUCCAUAUUCCUGCCGAAUGGAAAGAGAUGAAGUGCUAGUUCUGGGCAAGAAGAGCCUCAUAUUUAUUGCUGCACUCCAAAGUCCUCCUAGCCAGGCAAUAUACGACGCGGUUCAAGAGAUUAUGCCAGUGAAACUCUGCUGGUGCAGCAGUGUUAUCGAAGUUUGCCUGCUGAACGUGAACGGCGUGUUCCAUCCACUAAUGAUACUGAUGAACGCGGCCCGCAUCGAAAGCACCAAUGGGGACUUUUUUCUGUAUCGAGAUGGCCUGACAAGUUCCGUUGCCAAGGCCAUGAUUGCGGUCGAUCAAGUGCGGAUGCAAAUAGGCAACGCAUUCGGCCACAGCAUGAGGAGUGCGUUGAGAGUGUCCAACGAGUGCUACGGUCACACCUUUACAAGCCUAGUGGAUUUAGCGAGAAAUUCAGGGCCCCACAACGGACUCAAGGCUCCACCAGAUCUUCAAAACCGUAACAUCUCGGAAGAUGUUCCUGACCUACUUGUGUGCUGGCACAGCCUGGCCGAGAAGCUUGGGAUAGAUGCAUCGCCCAUCAAAGCCAUCAUCGUCCUCGCUCAGAUGGCUACCAGUGUUGAUUAUUUCCAGUCUGGGAGGAGCCUUCGAAAGCUCCAUCUGGAAGACAUCUCCCGGAGUGAGCUAAUUGAAAGAUUCAUGGCUCAACCAGACGGCGCGAUUGUCAGUAGGUUGUAA